AUGUCAUUUAUCACAGAGAGAUGGGGAUCGCAACCAAUUGUAGAUGAUGUCAAUGCAUUGUAUAGGUUGUAUAGGGAUGACAAGAGCAGUGGUGUCGACCAUAUAGUUGGUCAAAAAGGUGUGCUUACACUCGACCGUUUACCGGCCAUCCUCGACCCAUCCGACCCAACCUCAUCACAACAAGACAAGAUUCAAUCCGUCUACGACAACUGUAUAGCGUUACUUGACAUUGAUCGCAAAGCAACACCAUUCAAACAACUCCAGGGGACAUUAUUCAAAGAGGCAUUUGAAAGUGACGUACUUCGUGGUCAAGUGUAUCCAGAUGUAUUUGAAUCGGUCGAUCUCUGGACCCAAUCAAAUGCAUCGGUCUAUAUCUACAGUAGUGGUUCUAUCGCUGCUCAAAAACUACUCUUUGGUAAUUGUGGACCUACAACUCAAGCAGACCAAAAACAACAAGCCGCCAUCAAUCUAUUACCAAAGUUUAAGGGUCACUUUGACACUACUAUUGGCAGCAAGAUUGAAUCGACUAGUUACACCAACAUCAUCAAUCAAAUAGACAGUGCUACCGCCGACACAACCCUGUUUGUGACAGACUCGCAAAAGGAAGCUUUGGCAGCCUCACAAUCCAACCUCAACGUUGCCAUCAGUAUCAGACCUGGUAACACACCCCUCGACGAAUCACUCACUCAACAAAUCAAAUCAAUCAAUCCAUCCGUAUCAACCAUCACUUCUUUUAUCGAUCUUUUCAACCAUUAUACUUUUCAACAACAAUAA